GAUAAGCUGUUUAAGUGUUAGAUAAAAUAAGUUUAUCAAGUAAUAGUUGAAAAACAAACAAAACUGUUAAAUUUAUUAUUUUUUCUCAAAUUAUAAAAACUAAUGGAUAGUGAAGUAGUCAUUUCAAGUAUUGGUGGGUUUGGACGCUACCAAAAGAUCCAGCUUGCUAUAUUCAGUGUUCCUUGGAUUGGCGGGGGACUUCAACUUGCCCUUGCUAUCUUUAUAUUAAGAGUCCCAGCAUUCAGGUGUGCUAUUCCAGGCUGGGAAAAUGAUACUUACAAAGUGCAGAGUGAUACUCAUGCGUGGUAUAUAAACCAUUCCUUGCCCAGUGACAAUAGAAAAUGUAAGGUUUAUCAAUUUAACUAUUCAGAUUUUAAUGAUUGGAAUAGCUCUAAAGAAGUCAACUGUCAUGCAUGGGUCUAUGACAAAUCAAGCGUUCCAUCAACAGCUGCUUCUGAUCUAAACUUUGUCUGUCACAGAACCGUCUUUAUCUCAACAAUCAACAUGCUUCUCAUGGCAGGUGUCUUUGUCGGAUCCUUGUUUUUUGGCACAUUUUCUGAUCAGAAGGGCCGAAAGUUGUCUCUUUAUUUGGCACUUCUUCUCAGCAUUGUUACAGUCCUCCCACUCUAUUUUGUUGGAAGCUUUGAAGCUCUUGCCACACUCCGUUUCUUUGCUGGUUCAUCAGGAGCCAGUAUUUUUAUGGUUGCAUUUAUUCUUGCCAUCGAGAUAGUACCUCAUUCUCACAGAUCUCUGGUUGGUUUGUUCAGUCACAUUGCAUUUGCUACGGGUCAAAUAGCAAUGGCUGGAAUUGCUUAUUUGAUUAGAGAUUGGCAUCUUCUGUGUCUGGCUGCAUCUCUUAUCUUUCUACCAUUUUUCUUAUAUUGGUUCAUCAUAGAUGAAUCACCAAGAUGGUUAAUUUCCAAUAGUAAAUUUGAGGAGGCAAAAGAUAUUUUUGAAAAGAUUGCCAAAAGAAAUAAGGCUGUAUUUACUCCUUCUUCCUUGCAGCAAAGUCAGGAAACAACAUCUCAAAUCACAGACCAAACAAAACCAACUCAAAAAGUCAGUCUUUUUCAUUUGUUCAAAUCAAGAAUUUUAUUAAUACGAUGUGCAAUAAUUUCCUUCAACUGGAUGGUUGUGAACAUGGUUUUUUUUGGACUCCUCUUUGGUGUAGGAGAACUUGGCUUAAACAUAUAUUUCAGUACAUUUCUUUUUGCUGCUGUGGAGUUUCCAGCCUACAUUUUCCUUUAUUUCACUUUGGACAGAUGGGGAAGGAAACCUCUUUAUUGUUCAUUAAUCUUAUUAUGUGGAGUGGCAUGUGCUUCAUCAUCAUUUGUGUAUGUUUGGGGAAAAGAUUUGUUUGGUCUGACCAUAUUUCUGGCAUUAAUAGGAAAAUUUAGUGUCUCUGGAGCAUCCACUGUUAUUAGUAACAUAGCAUCAGAACUACUGCCCACGGUCAUACGCAAUACUGCUUUUGGUUUAUGUUCCUGUCUUGGAAGACUGGGUGGAAUGUCAGCCCCUUACAUUACCCUCUUGAGCAAUUACAUUCCUACUAAAUUUGGUAAAAGUUUGCCACUUAUUCUCUUUGGAGUAGCUGCUUUAAUAGCAGGAUUUCUUUCACUUGCUCUGCCUGAGACUCUAGGUGAAAAUUUACCAGACACAAUUGAAGAUGGAGAAAAAUUUGGAAGGAAGGAAAAAGACAAUGCUACCAAAGAAAAUAUUGCGAUAAUAACUUUUAAAAAAUAUGAAAGCAUGUAAAAACACACUUUCUUGUUUUGAAGAAAAAGAAAGGCAAAAAGAAAAAAGAUGGGUUAAAUCAGGAAGAUAAAUUGAAAGAUAGAUUAAGAUUACAACUAUAAUGCAAAAGAAAGAUUAUCAAUUUGGCAAAAUACAUACAUAUACAUAUAUAUGUCGUGUAAUAUUUCAUUAUUGAUGAACAAAAAAUAGUACUCCAUCCAAUGAGAGAGAAAUGUCAUUUAAUAUGUAGAGAAUUUAAAUGUGAGCUACCAUUAGUUUCAUGCCUCAGAUAACACAAUGGUUAAUCAAGCGUGCAUAGUGUGCCAUGUAUUUUUAGGCAAUCAUUCACACUCAAAGUACAACAUAGCUUUAAGAGCAGCCAUUUUGCAUUUUGAGUCUGAGUGAUUACCUGAAAAUACAGAGUGUGCUAUACAAGCUUGUUCAGCCAUUGUAUUAUCAGAGGUG